AUGGGCUUGAACAGCUCUGACGUCCACACUCUUCUUUCGAACCUCCUCGAAGUAGGAUUCGUGUCGGAGAGGACACAUUGUGUUGCUAUCGAGCCAGCGAACGAUGAAGAAUUGAAAUGGAAUCAGCAGCUCAUCGACAGUUGCCAGGGGCUGCUGGGGACGAUGAAACCUCUGCAGACACUGAAGGCAUUGAGCCUUUGUGGCAGUCACACCAAUUUUGUUCUUCGGGUCAUCGCCGAUGCUGCCCCUCAUCAGGGCCCCGAGAGCGAAAAGGUCACCGUGGGAGGCCGGCUUGAUGUGGGGUUGGUGUCCAAGGUCGACAAAGCCCUCGCCGACCAUGUUCGGCAUGGCUUGAAUUGGGAGGUGUUGUCGUCAUCGGUGGGCCUUCGCUGGCCAGAACUCUUGCAGAUGAUCCAAGCUGCAGGGAAUGCUACCCUACAGAAGAGCGAGUCCGAGUUGCAGGUGCUCAGGAAGACAUUCGAACUCAUCGUGUCACAGCAGAAGGCCGGCAUCCAGCUGGACUUCAACGGCAUCAAGAAGAAAGCACUCUCAUCCCGCCCGGCCUGUGGCAAUUCCUUCGCUCACUUUUACCAGUUCGCUUUAAAGUAUUGUGGUGGAGCCGAAGGCCUCUUCUUGACAGAGACGGAGAGGUUCGUGAGGGCCAGGGGCUCCACGACAGCACUCGGCGAGAAGGUGUGGGAGGCGAUCUGUCAUGAAAUCAAAGGCAGCAAGAGCCAGCUGCCCUUCCUUCGGCACGGGUUGCUGAAACUCGCCAUGACCGGCAUGCACUUGAGUGCCACAGAUUGCAAGCGAGUUUUCAGCAACAGCUCCAUGGUUGGCAAGGCUGUGAAGGCUGACGGGCUCAUGUCCCAGCUCCGAACACUGGCUACUCAAGCGAGCCACGGAGCUCUCGCCGACCAGAAGCUUGUGAAUGUCUUGGGAGUGGUGGACUCCAACAUGGUGGCUCAUGUGAUGAACAUGCAGGUCGCAGAUGAGAAAAAAUACAGAUCUCUGGAGGGCAUCUGCCACGAUGCUGUGUCGAUUGUCGCCAGGGUCCUCGGUGUGCCGAUUGCUUCCCCGUGGGAGGCCCAUGCCGAAACACUCCCUGCAGCCGAAUCCGGAGGGAAAGCAGCAGAUCGACUCGUUGAGCUUAACCCGGACGGGUCCAUGAAGCAGCCAGGUGAAAUCUUGGAAGCUAUGUCUAUCAAGCCUGGAACGUUCGUUCGCCGGAAGAAGGACAAAGUCGAAUGCGAAGUCUUGCAUGUUCAUGAUGCUGUCAAGCUCAAAAACCUGAGCGACGGCCGGGCAGUGAGGGUCCAGAUCGAUGCUUUUGUUCGAGGCGAAUGGCAAGUGUAUACCCCGAAGCAAGAGGUGCAUGAGAUCAUGGACCUCCAACCAUAUGGGCCCCAAUCAGUCCACCCCGAUUUCGACAUCGCCCACACAGUGGCCAAGAUCCAUUGCGAGAUGCAUGCUGUCGUUCAGAACCUUGAUGUGCAUGCCACGAUGGAGAAGGUGAAGCUGCAGCUUCGGCCUACCAAAACCCUUGUCACGAAGUCGGCUAUCGGCAAGGGCAAAUUGAGUCUCGUUCCCUUCAGCUCCAAGGUUGUUGUCCGAAGCAAAUCCGACACCCUGCAGGGAGCUGCAGAAGUGACUUUGAAAAAGGGAUGCCACGAUCGUCGCUUCUUCAUUGUCGCCUCCAACAUCAUGCCCAAAGCAAGCGAGGAUGCCCCUGAUGUGCUCGUGGGUUUCUUGUCCCCGUUCUUCUUCGUCCAGACAGUAGACGAGGAGAGUAAGGCCAACAUGACGAUUGUCUUGUCAGGGACCAACUCAUCCGAGAUUCGCAUACCGAUCAUGAAGAACCUUGUCCCUUUGCCUGCUGGGCAAGAGCUCUUGAUCUUCAAGGCAAAGGCCCCAAAGCAGGAAGAGCCACUGGAGGCAGCAUCCCCUGAGAGACGAGUGAAAGGCAAGAGGGCUGCAUGA